UUGACCGCAUCGGAAGAUUUCUGAAGCCACGUUGUUUAACUCUGGUUAGUUAAAUUUUCUUAUAUUAGUGAAAUCGUGGUAUUUGAAGAAAAUGGUUUUGGAUUUAGAUUUAUUUAGAAGUGAUAAAGGGUUUGACCCUGAAAAAGUAAAAAAAAAUCAAGAACUUCGGUUUAAAGAUGUUGGUUUAGUUGAAACAGUAAUUGAGCAAGACACAGAGUGGAGACAGAGGAGGCAUCGAGGGGACAAUUUGAAUAAGGUAAAAAAUGUUUGCAGUAAAGAAAUUGGUGAAAAAAUGAAAAAGAAAGAACCAUUAGGUGAUGAGUCAGAGUCUGUGCCUGAUGAAAUUAAGAAGGAGUUAACUGAAAUUACAUCAGAUUUACUUAAAAGUCUUACUGUCAAUCAAAUAAAAAAAUUACGUGUCUUAAUUGAUGAAGCUAUGAGUGAAAAUGAAAUAUUACUCCAAGAGGCAGAAAAAAAGCGUAAUUAUGCGUUGCGCGAAGUCGGUAAUCAUCUUCACGAAAGUGUACCAGUUAGUAAUGAUGAAGAUGAAAAUAAAGUUGAACGAACGUUUGGAAACUGUACUACAAAGGGAAAAUAUUCUCAUGUUGAUUUAAUAGUGAUGAUCGACGGAAUGAAUGGAGAAAAAGGUGCUGUAGUUUCAGGCGGUAGAGGAUACUUUUUAACAGGACCAGCUGUUUUCCUGGAACACGCUUUAAUCCAACACUCUUUGCACAUUUUAUUCAAUAAAGGUUAUACACCCCUAUAUACACCAUUUUUUAUGAGAAAAGAAGUGAUGCAAGAAGUAGCUCAAUUAUCUCAGUUUGACGAAGAACUUUAUAAAGUGGUUGGAAAGGGCAGCGAGAAAGUUGAAGAAGAAGAUGAGAAAUAUUUGAUUGCAACUUCAGAACAGCCAAUUGCUGCAUACCAUCGUGAUGAAUGGCUUCCGGAAACCUUAUUUCCCAUUAAAUACGCUGGUUUGUCAACUUGUUUUCGUCAAGAAGUAGGAUCCCAUGGUCGCGACACAAGAGGAAUAUUUCGUGUCCAUCAAUUUGAAAAAGUUGAACAAUUUGUUUUAACAUCACCUUACGAUAAUCAAUCUUGGGAAAUGAUGGAUGAAAUGAUUGCUAAUGCUGAAGAAUUUUGUCAAUCGCUAGGAAUACCAUAUCGUAUUGUUAAUAUUGUUUCUGGUGCUCUUAACCAUGCUGCUUCGAAAAAACUUGAUCUUGAAGCAUGGUUUGGAGGAAGUGGAGCAUUUAGAGAAUUAGUAUCUUGUUCAAACUGUUUAGAUUAUCAGGCGAGACGAUUAUUAGUUAGAUAUGGUCAAACUAAAAAACUGAAUGCGGCUGUCGAUUAUGUGCAUAUGUUAAAUGCAACAAUGUGUGCUACAACUAGAGUAAUAUGCGCUAUUUUAGAAACUCAUCAAACUGAAACUGGUAUAAAAGUUCCAGAGCCAUUGCAAAAAUAUAUGCCAGAUAAAUAUAAAGAAGAAAUUCCAUUUGUUAAACCAGCUCCAAUAGAAGUGGAAGCUUCUUCUAAAAAAGCUAAAAAGCACAAAGAAGGAAUGGCAGGUAAACAACCUGCAGCUUAAAACAUUUGUUUAGCUAUUUAUUAGUUAAAGUCCAAAAUGUAUUUAAAAUGAUAUUUCUUAAAUUAAAGGCAUUUAAACGAGAAGCUCACUUAUUUAAAGCAUCAUCUUUUGUAAUUUUUAUUUAAUUAUUUUUUAAAAGUAAAACUUAAUGGGACUAUUCAAAAUUAAUUUAUAAUUACAAUUCAAAAAUAUAAAUUUAGCUGAUAAGUAAUUAAUAAAAAAAUGCGAUAUCUAUAA